AUCAUAGAAGAAGAAUUCGGAGCAAGCCACUCCCUCCUCUCUCUUUUUGUACAUUGGGGGCUGUACAGUUGUUUAUUAAUCAAAUUUGUUCAAAGAGCGGCAUCAUAUAAGUAGAGAGGGCUAUCUGACGUUUAAUCUACAAUUAAACGUCACAGGUUUGAUCAUUCGUUUUGACUCAAGUAAUGAAAGAUACACAUAUUUUUCCUAAACACUUGUUUUCAAAUAAAAAGAAGUCAUGGAUAUAUGCAACGCGAGAAGGCGAAAGAUAAGAACCCCAAGAAGUCUGCGGGCUUUCAAAAGGCUGGUUGAAGCACAGAACGCCACAAUGAAGACGAAACGGGAGGUAAAACAAGAGGUGGUCAAAGUCUUGAGGGCGCUGGUGGUAGGGAACAACAACGAAGACAUCGAUGUCCCUAUGGAGGAGGACUGUUUCUCUAUGAACUUUUCCAAGAACGAGAACCUGGAGCAUGCUAUAGUAAUGGCACCACGAUACAAUCUGUUGCGGGAGGUGGGAAGGGGCAGCUAUGGGGUAGUGUUCGAGGCAAUUGCUCUGAGGACUGGGGCAAGGGUAGCGGUUAAAAAACUGCAGUGCAACGCUCCCGAAAAUGUGGAACUCGCUCUGGCCGAAUUCUGGGCCUUGGCAAGCCUGGAGACGAAACACGAGAAUGUGGUGCAGCUUGAGGAAUGUGUGCUACAAAGGAAUGGCAUGGCCCAGAAAAUGAGUCAUGGAAAUAAAAGGUCCAAACAAUACCUGCGGUUGGUGGAGACUUCACUAAAAGGUGAGCGGAUUCUGGGCUACCCAGAGGAGCCCUGCUACCUGUGGUUCGUCAUGGAGUUCUGCGAGGGCGGGGACCUUAACCAGUACAUCCUGUCACGGCGGCCUGACCCGCGCACCAACAAGAGCUUCAUGCGUCAGCUGACCAGCGCCGUGGCCUUCCUACACAAGAACAACAUUGUGCACCGCGACCUCAAGCCCGACAACAUCCUCAUCUCCCAGAAGUCGGGCUUUCCUGUACUCAAAGUGGCCGACUUCGGCCUCAGCAAGGUCUGCGCUGGCUUUGGUGCCGGUGGCAACGAUGGCGAAGAGCAACCCACAGCUGGUGGCGGGGACGGCAGCAACAACAAGAACGUGAACAAGUUCUGGCUGUCGUCAACUUGCGGCUCGGACUUCUUCAUGGCGCCCGAGGUGUGGGAGGGCCAUUACACGGCCAAGGCGGACAUCUUCGCCCUGGGCAUUAUCAUCUGGGCCAUGCUGGAGCGGAUCACCUUCAUUGACGCUGAGUCGAAGCGCGAGCUGCUGGGCACCUAUGUGCGGCAGGGCAGCGAGAUCGUGCCAGUGGGCGAGGCGCUGCUGGGGAACCCCAAGAUGGUCCUGCACAUCCCGCAGAAGACACGCAGCACCAUGUCGGAGGGGGUGAAGAAGCUUCUGCAGGACAUGCUGGCGGUCAACCCCCAGGACCGGCCCGACGCCUUCCAGCUGGAGGAGCGGGUGGACCAAGUCACGCGUGCUGCGUGACACCGCUCCCAUUCCCCUUUCCAACCCCUGGUCUGUCAGAGAAGGGACUGCUCUUUUACCAGAUUGGUAUACAAACUGAAGGUGGGAUUCCACAUCUGUACAGAGGUGUAAAAAGGGACUCUGAACUGUGAAACCUCUACAAUUGCUCCCAAAUGUGAAAGAAUGGAGGGUUUGCGGUCAGCGCUUCUAAAAUCAGGACACCUUUAUCGGGAAAGCUAUGCAAUAAGUCAUGUGAGAAGUCAGGUCCUCUCCCCUUCCCCCACCGCACCUUUUAUUUUUUUAAAGCCCAAAGACAUUCACCAAUGGACGACGGUCAAGUAUGCCAGAACACAAAGUGUUCCUUGGCACACCUGGUUUGGAAUGGAGGCGGCAGUAGCCUUGAGGUUGGAGAAGCAGGCCAGCAUCUGGAGGGUUGCCGGUUCGAAUCCCACUGCUGAAGAGGGCAAAAAUAUGGCGGGAGUGAGCCAGCAGGUGCCACCUACCUCUCCAACCUAAUGUGUGUUUGUGUGGAUGUGUAUCCGGGUGGGUAGAUAAAAUGUCCAUCCUGUAGGGACUAAUAAAGUAUAUCUUAAUGGCCACAAGGAGUAAUAAUGAUUUGUUAUUUGAUGAGCUGGUCUUCAAAAUACAUUUUUCUCAAUGUUUUUUUUAUUUGAAUUGGUCCGGACGGACAUGUACUGUUUCUUCCUUCUUCUCCGAUGUUGACGUGUGUUGGAUGGGGCCACAUAGGCUAGUAUGGAUGGAUAAUCGUUCACGUAUAUACCGGAGAGGAUAACAUGUUGCACUGUGUACCCUCUAUACCAGAGUUUUAAAAAGUAUUCCUAAAACGACCGACGAUAAUGAUGUAGAAGAAGGGACUUGUAUACUGUGAAUUGGAAAUGUGAAUUCAGUUCAAUACAACUUUAUUUAUAGACAAUUUCUAAAGGUGGGUUAUAUUGGGUAGUUCAGUACACAGCGCCCCAUAUCCCAUGUCCUCAAUGUGGACACAUUGUACUAGUAUCAACCAAGCAGCAUCAUCAACACCCCCGUUCCCCUCCCUCUACACCCUUGUGCCUUAGACUUUCAUCAAAUGGAGGGGUAACCAAUUUGAUCCCUAAGUAGUUUGAUGUGUUUUUUUAUACAUGCAGUAUAUCAUUUUCCCUUGGUAGCAGGCCUAUAUAAUAUUGUUAUGUCGUGCAUUUGAAGCCAAACGGUGCCAUCUCCCUAUAUAAGAUCAUAAAAUGGUUUUAGGGGAAUUACCUAUUGCGUAAACCAAAUUGUACCAGAGUUGUGGACACUGAUGUCACAAUUUUAAUAUUGGGCUAAAUAUAAAUUGAUUAUGUUAUAUAUCCCAAAAAUUUGGUAUGAAACGGAAUCAGGUUAAUUUCAGACCGAAAAAUUUACUGAUUAGCUAGUAACUACGAUAAAAUCUUACAUUAUUGUAUGUCACUCACUAUUAAGUUGACAUUGACAGUGUCUUUUUUUUUUUAUACAGAAAUGAAUAAUGAAAUGUGGCUGGCUACUGUGAGCUGGAGGUUAUGUUAUGCAUGUUAUGGUUUCAAUGUGAGAUUUGUGUAUGAAGAUUCAGGACCCUCACCAAAGGGGAUUUUAGACUCACUUUAAGCCUAGUGCCAAUUAAGGGCAAAGCAGGCAACUUUGAGCGCUUCGAAAUCCCUUUUUAAACUCUCAUUUACUUCUUUGACUUUGGAUAUUGUAACCAUAACAUUUGCUGAUAACAUCAUGUGAAUAAUGCUAUGGAAUGGGAUCAAAAGGACAGUUGUGAUCAACAGCGUGUGAUCUUUGUAAUGGAAUGGUUUUUGAAUAUCUGUUGGAGGUUCUUCAGCUUAGGAUGUCGAUUGUUUGGCAUUGGUAAUAGUUCCCCCAAGUAGCACCACGACAAAAAAAAGUGGUUUUAAAAAAUCGCCUUUUCCUCGAGCCGUUUUUAGUUGUGUCACUUCACUAUAAACGAGAUGUGUGUGGGAAUAACAGUUGAAUGGACAGAUACUAUUGUACACACACAAAACGCAUAGUCAUCGUCGUCGUUUUUCAAACACUACCACUUAAGAGUCUACCAUCUAGAUUGUGAAGUGUCUUUUUGCAAUGUUUCUGACUUGUAAUGACUCUUCCUAGUAUUUUAGUAAGUCCCGAGUGACAAUACCCAUUCACGUAAUGGUUGACAGUCUAAACCAGGGCUGGAUCUUUCCAAAAAGCUAAUCCUGGAUUGCAGAAUGUGGACUUCAGCAAGCACCAACCAACAAACAAUUGAACCACAGCAUAUUGGGAAUGUUCCCUGUGUUAUCUAUUCGCUUUUAUUUUAAGUGAGCACGGUAGUUGACGAUUGAUUCAUAGACGUGUUUCCAGGAUUCAGUUGGGACCGUAUCUUGUGUCAAGGCAACCCAUUCUUUCCUUUUUUUAUUAGUCUAGUUUCCAGUUUUUUUUUUCUUGUUUUUUUUCCGUUUAUGGCUAUUGACAAACACUCGGAUCUGUGUUUGAUAGUCUAGUCCUACCUCAGUCUCCUUCUCUGACCGUUGUCUUUCACUAGACCGUCUCACUAGAUUACUUUUAAACUGGUUUCGGUCUAGACCUGUUUAAUUUGCGUUUUUAGAGGGCCAUUUCUUUAACUGUGAUAGGUUUAGACCCGAGUCAGUUUUUCUUUAACCUCAACCAACCUCACUGGUCAAACUCCUCUAAGAUGCUUUUAGAUUAUUUUCUUUUUUUCGCUACCGUUAGCUACUCUGAUCGGCGUUUGAGAUUUUGAAUACUUUACCUUCAAGCUUCUCUGCAGAUAACUUUGCCUUUUUUAGAUUUAUUUUUAUUUUUACAGAUAAUCUCAGAAGUUAACACACCUCUUUCUCAGAUACCUCUAUUUUAAUGUUAGACUGUACACCCAGGGACACUCAGCUUUACUUAAGAGACCAGUUUGUUACCUGGAAAACCUCUUGUAACCUCUGACCUCUUUCGGUGUUAACAAGUAAGUGAGCACUCCCUUUAACGUCAUGGCAACGUCUACUGUUGCAUGACUACUCUACGUUCAUGUUUUACGUUGAAAUAUACUGUAUAUGAUAAGGGAACUGAAGCUCUUUCCGCCACCUAUUGUUCAUACAUGAUGUCGUACCUUGUUGGGAGUAGUGAAGACUUUGGGUGUAGGUUACAUGUGUAUUGCCAUGGUUUAAGGGGAGCACUAGUCAUACAGCUACCGUAAUGAUUAUGCUUAAAAACCAACUCACUCCUCUAUGCAACCUUCUUUCACUGUACAAGGAACCAAACCAUUCGUGGUGUUCUGUUUGUUCUCCUGAACUACUUCUUCCAGCACCUAUGUCAAAGUGUGUAUACAGUACGUAUCAUGUAAGUUAUGAACUUUUUUGUUUAAGAAGCUAACUUGAGCCAUUAGAUGUUUUAGUAAAGCAUAUUUUUUGUUGUUGCUGUAAAUGUUUGACAACUUCAGUUUCUUGAAUAAAUUAUAAAAUAAGUCUUGUUUUUUUAUUAGGACCAAAUCAUCAGACCAAAUCUUUCAUUACACAUGACAUAAACUGCAUUUUAUAAUUAAUUGUCCAAUAUACAUUGGGCUCAAACAAACCUCUGCUAGCGAUCUAAUUGUUUAUGAACUGGUUGUACCACCUAUAGUAUCUAACCACCAAGUGCAUGGCACAACUAGAAUAGACAGAUUGCAUUAACAAAUGAUACUCCCACAUUUAAGAAUGUAUUACCAUUUUGGUCCUAGUCUUUACAAAUGUAAUUUAUUAUAAUUUAUAGUAAUGGUUGAAACAGAAUAAAUUGAAUGGUUUUAAACAUUGAUACCAUUCCAUUCACUCCAUUCCAGCCACUAUUGUGAGACGUCAUCUUCUCAGCAGUCUCCUGUGCUGUAUUUGUCUGUAAAUAAAUGUGCUAACUAAAUGAUCGUAGUUGGCGUAGGCUACA